GUACACUCUUUGCAUCGAUUCAUCGAGUCCCCCAUCGACUCGAUUUUCUGCUCCCUUGUCAUCAUGGAGAUACCCACAAGUGGUCCCCAGACGGAACUACCGAAAUCUGAUGUGGCGCCUCGAAAGGUCAAAGACACAGAGCUCUACGAUGUCCUUGGCGUCGCCCCAGAAGCUACGGAGCUGGAGCUCAAGAAGGCGUAUAGAAAGAUGGCCAUCAAGUGGCACCCCGAUAAGAACGCCGGGUCUCAAGAAGCCGAGCUGAAGUUCAAGGAAGUAGGAGAAGCUUAUCAGAUCCUGUCGAAUCCUGAUCAACGAGCCUUCUAUGAUAAAGUUGGCAAGGCCGGUAUGAAGCGCCCUGAAGAAGGUGGCGAGGUGGAUCCCCAAGAGAUCUUCUCACAGAUGUUCGGCGGGGAGGCUUUCUUUGAUUAUAUCGGCGAGAUAUCCCUAGUCAAAGAUUUCACAUCCACGAUGGACGUCGUCAUGACUCCGGAAGAACGAGCCGAGAUGGAGGCUGCGAAGAAUGCCGAGACUGAGAACAUUCAGCAUGAAACUUCUGGCGCAGAUUCCGAGACGACCACAGCUACUGCUGCUGCUUCCACGACAGCAGGCACUGUUCCCGGCGCCUCGAUGACGGCCGCAACAGCGGAGAAAUCAUCUGAGGCCCCAUUGUCAGGUACUGCUCCGGCGCAAACAGAACAAUCCGGAUCAUCUCUCGCACACCACUCGUCCUUUUCCUCUAGUAACACGCCGACCCCGUCAGCCAGCUCCACGGAACUUGGUAAAGCGUCACCUGGACCCAAAGACAAGAAGGGCAAGCACAAGUUAUCGCCUGAGCAAAAGGCUCAGUUAGAUGCGUUGGAGAAGAAGCGUGAUGCGGAGAAGAGUGCGAGGAUCGAGGUUCUCAAAGAAAAGCUUAUCCAACGGAUCCGUCCGUUCGUUGAAGCUCGCAAUCCGGGUGACAUCAAUGAUCCGGAGACCAAGGCGUUCGAAGCGCGUAUCAAGACCGAGGCGGAGGAUCUGAAGCUCGAGUCAUUCGGGAUAGAGCUUCUUCAUACCAUCGCCGGGGUGUAUAUUACCAAAGCGGGCAACUUUAUUAAGUCUAAAAAGUUCCUCGGAGGCGGGUUCCUCGGUAGACUUAAGGAGAAGGGGGGUAUGGUCAAAGAAGGAUGGGGUUUGCUGGGAUCCGCGAUCGGCGUUCAAGCGGCGAUGGAGGAGAUGGAGCGGUUGGAGCAAAAAGGAAAUGCUACGCCGGAAGAAAUGGAACAGUUGGCUCAAGAGGUCUCUAGCAAGAUGCUGUUGACGACCUGGAAGGCAACCCGCUGGGAGGUCAUCAAUGUCCUCGGAGCUGUGCUUGACAGAGUCCUGUAUGAGCCUGGGUUAUCGAAAGAUGCCGGACUGCGCCGCGCAAAGGCCAUCAUGACAAUCGGUGGCAUCUUCAAAUCUAUAGAGGCGGACGAGUCGGACGAGGAGAGAAGAGAGCUGGAGAGACUUGUGAUGAACGCGGGAAACAAGAAGAAGAAGGCUGAAAAGGAAAAGGAGCAAGCAAAGAAGAGUGGUGGAUGGGGAUGGGGCAAGGUGGACACGAGUGCACAAGGUGCACCUGCGAGUAGUGCUGCUGGUACUGCGCCCGUGCCGGGAGAGAAGGCAGAAGCGACGAGCACCGAUGCCAAGGUAUAAUUUGGAGAUCACGGCGGAGGCAGGAUUUCAUCACGGAGAGCAACGUGCAGUGUGCUUAAUUUGCAAAGAUCAUUGUUUCAAACGAACAGCUUCUCAAUAGACGUCCCAACGAUAUACUUGCAUGACGAGACACAUC